AUGACCGUUACGAAGUCGACUGUCGGGGGUGUGAGGAUUGCCAUUGACCGUGGAGGCACCUUUACAGAUGUGUGGGCGAGUCUGCCAGGAAAACCCGACGUUGUUCUAAAGCUACUGUCCGUUGAUCCUGCCAACUACGCCGAUGCUCCAACAGAGGGUAUUCGUCGCGUCCUCUCGCUCUACAGGGGCCAGGAAAUACCUCGUGGAGUCCCUCUUCCGAAAGACCGUCUUGAAUCCAUCCGAAUGGGAACAACAGUGGCUACAAAUGCCUUGCUUGAGAGGAAGGGGACCAAACAUGCGUUCCUCGUUACAAAGGGCUUCCGAGACCUGCUCAAAAUCGGAUACCAAUCCCGACCGCGUCUCUUUGAUCUUGACAUCGUUAAACCCGAUGUUUUAUACACCGACGUCCGGGAGAUUGAUGAGAGAGUGACAAUAGAAGGGUUUGAUGAGGACCUUGACGGCCUAUUCAAGUCGGAUAAGGAGAUACCGGAGGUGCUCGUGAGGGCCGCGAGCGGUGAUAUGAUUCGCAUCCUGAAACCGCUCGAUGAAGCUGCUGUGGGGCGAGUGCUGCGGGAGUUACGGGCCCAAGGCUAUGACACCGUUGCAGUGUGUUUGGCGCAUUCCUAUGUCUUCCCAAACCAUGAAAGACGAAUCGAGGAAUUGGCUCUGGAUGAAGGCUUCGCACAUGUGUCGUCCUCUUCUUCGGUGGCAGCCAAGAUGAUUAAGAUGGUACCACGGGGAAGCUCUUCGUCAGCGGAUGCGUAUCUCACCCCUGAGAUCAAAAAGUAUCUCAACGGAUUCUCGAAAGGAUUUCAAGAUGGAAAUUUGGAUGGUGUGCGUUGUGACUUUAUGCAGUCAGACGGUGGACUCGUAAGUCACAGCCGUUUCAGUGGCCUCAGAGGUAUCCUUAGCGGACCCGCAGGCGGUGUCGUGGGCUAUGCUCGCACAUCUUAUGACGGUUACACGAAGACCCCGGUUGUUGGUUUCGACAUGGGAGGAACCUCGACUGAUGUUUCUCGCUACGGUGGCAACUUCGAAUAUGUCUUCGAGAGCAACACAGCCGGUGUGACCAUUCAGAGCCCGCAGCUUGAUAUCAAUACUGUUGCCGCUGGAGGAGGCUCAAUUUUGUUCUGGAGAAAUGGUCUACUUGUAGUAGGCCCGGAAAGUGCUUCCUCACACCCAGGCCCUGCCUGUUAUCGUAAAGGAGGCCCUUUGACGGUAACUGACGCAAAUUUAUUCCUCGGGAGACUCAUUCCCCAAUUCUUCCCCAAGAUCUUUGGCGAGGAUGAAAACCAGCCACUUGAUUUGGAGGUAGUGAAGAAGAAGUUCAUCGCACUGACCGAUGAGAUCAAUCGGGACACUGGACGAUCACUCACUCCUGAAGAAGUUGCCUGUGGUUUCCUGGAUGUUGCGAACGAAGCCAUGUGCCGACCCAUCCGGGCGCUGACUGAGGGGAAAGGAUAUGAUCUUGCGAAUCAUAAUCUUGCUGUCUUUGGAGGUGCAGGAGGUCAGCAUGCUUGCGAUAUUGCUAGAACGCUCAAAAUAUCUACGAUCAUCAUUCACAAGUUCUCGAGUAUCUUGUCCGCAUACGGAAUGGCUCUGGCGGAUAUCGUUCAAGAGGCACAGGAGCCUGUGGUGGAUAAAUAUAACGAAUCCUCCCGCGGUUCCCUGGAAAGGAGACUUUCCAAUCUCGAAUCCGUCGUCCGAAAACAGUUGACCAGCCAAGGCAUCCGAGAAACGGAUAUCACUUACGAGAGGUAUCUAAACAUGAGGUACCAAGGUACAGAAACCUCAAUUAUGGUUCUCCAGCCGGCCGACAGUGACUUCAAGGGUGAGUUCCAGAAGAUUCAUUUCCGAGAAUUCUCUUUCGUGUUCUCCGACGAAAGGGCGAUCUAUGUCGACGAUGUGCGGGUCCGGGGCAUAGGUGCAAGCAAGAAAAAAGACUGGGAGGGAGAAGAGCUUGGAGAGCAACUGCGCAGUUCUGUCUUCAAAUCUGCCUCGUCGGAGCUUGUGGAGCAUGUGGUCCCUGUGUACUUUCAACAAGUAGGGUACAAGCAAACUCCCGUGCUGGUGCUUGGAAAUUUGCCGCCCGGCCUGUCAAUUGACGGGCCCGCUGUGAUCAUCGACCAGACUCAAACGCUUGUUGUGACACCGGGUGCGGUAGCCAAGGUCCUCCGCUCGCACAUUGUCAUUGAUGUUCUCCCUGCUACCACUGCACCUAUUGAGCAGCCAGCUGCUGUUGAUUAUAUUCAGCUCUCUGUCUUCGGGCACCGUUUUAUGAGUAUCGCGGAGCAGAUGGGUCGUGCUCUCCAGAAGACAGCAGUUUCUCUCAAUAUUAAAGAGCGACUUGAUUUCUCUUGUGCUCUGUUUGGACCUGAAGGUGAUCUUGUUGCAAAUGCUCCCCAUGUGCCUGUUCAUUUGGGAUCAAUGAGCUACGCAGUGAAGUACCAGCAUGAAUUGCACAAAGGCAAUCUAUCUCCCGGGGACGUUCUGGUAGCCAAUCACCCGGAAUCUGGAGGUACACACCUUCCAGACAUUACUGUUAUUACUCCGAUAUUUGAAAAGACCGGCUCGACUGUGGCUUUCUAUGUUGCCUCCAGAGGCCAUCAUACAGAUAUUGGCGGACUGGGUGGUACAUCCAUGCCGCCCAACUCAACUGAGCUAUGGCAGGAGGGAGCUGCUAUCAGGUCCUUUAAACUAAUACACGGGGGUACUUUUGAUGAGAAGGGUAUCACCGAUAUCCUCUUAGCCCCUGACGAGCACCCAGACUGUACCGGUAGUCGACAUAUCCAAGACAAUAUCUCCGAUCUGAAAGCACAGGUUGCUGCGAACCACAAGGGGAUGGUGUUAGUUCAGGCUCUCAUUGAGGAAUACACUCUCCCCGUGGUCCAGAUGUACAUGAAGGCCAUCCAGUCCAAUGCGGAGCUGGCUGUGCGUUCCUAUCUGCUUGAUACUCUCGCCAGACUCGGCCCCCAUCUAUCGGCCGUCGACCAAAUGGACAACGGAACGUUGAUCAAACUCGCGGUCGACAUAUCCAAAGACGGCUCCGCAACCUUCGAUUUUACCGGCACGGGCGUUGAAAUGCUAAGCAACAUCAACGCUCCACCAGCAAUCACCCACUCAGCUAUCAUCUACACGCUUCGUCUCCUAAUCGGCACCGAUAUUCCACUCAACCAAGGCUGCUUAUCACCAAUUGAAGUAACCAUCCCAAAAGGAAGCUUCCUCAAUCCGUCAUCGGGACCCGCCGUCUGCGCCGGUAACACGCAAACAUCACAGCGCCUAGUCGACGUGAUCCUCAGAGCCUUCCGUGCAGCUGCCGCCUCACACGGGUGCAUGAACUGCAUCGGCUUCUUCGGCGAAGGUGGCACCGACAGUGCUGGCCGAAAGCUCAAAGGUUAUGCGUACGCGUUCGGCGAGACGGUUUGCGGCGGCUCAGGUGCCACGGCGACGCAACAUGGCGCGUCGGGUGUGCAUACACACAUGACCAACACGCGCAUUACAGACGUUGAGAGCCUUGAGAAGCGGUAUCCUGUUAUUUUGCGCGAGUUUGCCAUCCGUGAAGGGACUGGUGGGAACGGGUAUCAUCACGGCGGGGAUGGUGUGUGUGCCUCCAUACGGAAUGGAGGGGGAAGUGAUGGCGAGCGGGGUGCGAACUAUUGGGUGAGGAAGGUCCAAAAUGAGCAUGGAACGGAUGAAGUGCGUUGGGUCAAUAUGGGAUCGAAGAAUAUGGUCCGCAUGCAGACUGGGGACCGGUGUGUGAUCCAUACGCCUGGAGGUGGUGGAUGGGGCCUUGCUAAGGCGAAUGGACAUAUCAACGGACAUGCCAAUGGAGGGAGUCAGAAUAAUUCGGCCCAGUAUCCGAGGGCAUGCGGCAGUGUGAUCGCUCAUGCUGCUGCCCAGCAAGCAUCAAACUAA